AUGUCAAUUAUCAUUAGAUGUGUGGAUAUUGAAGAUACAAAUCAAGUCAAGGUGGAAGAGUUUUUUCUUGGAUUUAUAAAGGUUGAUGACACGUCGGCUACUUUGAAUGAACUUAAUCUCAACAUUGAUGAUAUAAGAGGUCAAGGUUAUGACAAUGGGUCAAAUAUGAAAGGUAAACAUCAAGGUGUACAAAGAAGACUUCUUGACAUAAAUCCUCGAGCUUUUUAUACACCAUGUGGGUGCCAUAGCUUAAACCUUGCACUAUGUGAUAUGCCAAAAUCUUGUGUCAAAGCUAGAAAUUUUUUUGCAUAUGUGCAAAAGGUUUACACUUUAUUUGAUGGAUCAACAUAUCGGUGGGGUGUUCUUAAAACAUAUGUAAAAGGUCUGACACCAAAGCCAUUGUCGGUUACUCGUUGGGAAAGUCAUGUUGAAAGUGUUAAAGCAAUCCAAUAUCAAGCACCGGAGUUGAGAGACGCUUUGAUUGAAAUUGCAAAUAGUUCUAAAGAGGACAUUGUGAUGGCAGAAGCAAAAGGCUUGUGUAAAAAUGCUUUGGAGGAUUUUGAGUUCUUGAUUAGCUUGUGUAUUUGGUAUAAGAUUUUAGAUAAAGUCAAUCGAGUUAGCAAAGUUCUUCAACAAGAAGAGAUGAAUUUGGAGGAUGCAAUUACAAGAAUAAAUGAGCUUAUUGUUUUCUUUCAAAAGUUUAGAGAAGAUGGUUUUGAAAACAUGAUGAAAGAAGCUAAUGAACUUGCUAAUGAUGUUGGUAUCGAUCCGACAUUUCCGAUAAAAAGAGUGGUUCUUAGAAAGAAGCAUUUUGAUGAGGAUGUGGAAGCGAAUGUUGAAGAUAGUCAAUCACCGGAGGAUAAUUUUAGAGUUUUCUAUUUCCUCUAUAUUAUUGAUCAAGCUCUUACAUCACUCAAAGAUCGGUUUGAACAAUUCGAGCUCUAUGAAGAAAUCUUCGGUUUUUUGUUUAAUGCAAAGUUCAUGAGCAUUGGUGAAGAAAAAUUAAUGGAACAUUGCAUUAGAUUACAAAGCUACUUGGAACACAACCAACAAUGUGAUAUACAUGGAAAAGAUUUAUUCAAUGACCUACGAGCUUUGCAAACAAUAUUGCCGAAGGAAGUGACUAAAUCAAUAGACAUCCUUGACUUCAUAAGAUCUUAUUAG